GCUUCUGGUCUGGCCAAGUAUCCUUAUGCCCUUGCGGUCAAUGGAACGCCGAACGAAUUCACCAUGUGUGCUUGGACAUCCAUAGUACCAUAUCCAACUCAAUUUGAUAUUAUCUACCAAAAAGCUAGCAUCAAGCCGGUGGGAGCCAAAAAUCAUGCUAAACAUUCAAGUUCGAUUUCAUCAAGGAGAGUGUUACAACAUAAAGGCGCCAAUUUAAUGCAUACGGCGUCAAUAAAUCUCCUUAACAGUCAAAAGAACACGUUGACAUUGGAGGGCGGCUGCCGGGUGAUAAGUUGGACUUGGCCAGAUGUGACUUCCCUACUGACAAUUGGACGACCAGAUGGGGGGCGAGAAUAUAGGGCUCAAGACAGAGCUAUUCAAAUUCCAGUGAUCCGGAGUCUUCACAGAAGCAGUGGCAGUCUAGAGAGUUGA